UAAUUAAUUUAACGAGUCCAAACCCGAAAAAAAUGAAAUGAUGACGAAUCAUUUAAAAUUUGUGAUAAAAUAAUACUUGUAAUGUUAAAAAUAAAAGUAGCGAAAAUAAUAGUAGUGAAAAAAUAAAGUAUUUAGCUCGUCAAUAAAUUUAGACGCCCGAGUGAAUAAAAUUAAAUGAAGGAGGGACAAAAUUGGGUGUCAACAAUCCCAUAAUAGUGCAAGAUGAAUUGGAGGAGUGCAUAAUUUCAAGGUAAGGCUCAAGAAGCUGUCACUAAUGUUGAAAGUUGCUUCAGUUAGUACUGCAUUUUUUUUAAUCAUAAUACGUUGCUUAGUUUUAUGAUUAAUCUACUUUUUUGAAUUUUAAACUUAUAUUAGAUUUUUUUAGUUGUUAAGAUAUUUUAGUUUUUUUUUUUUUUUUUUUUUUGAAUAUUUGGUAUGCAGAUUUUCUGCAGAUUAUGUUUCAAGUUAGAUAUUUAAAGCCCUGCUUAAUAAAAUUUUCGAGAGACAUUAUAAAUUAUUCUUCUAAUCUUUUUUGGAGCACCAUCUUUUAAAAAACCAACAAUCAAGAAGCUCUUUCUAAAGUCUAAAAACUACUGGAAUUGAUUAUGUCCACAAAAGUUAUUAGUCUGUUGAUCUGUUUGUUCACUCUUCAUAUGUUGGCUGCUGGCAGUGUUACAGGCUGCAAGAUAGGGAUCUAUGAGUUAAAAAAGGGAGACUUCUUUGUUAAGAUCACAAAUUAUGGUGCCAGAAUCAUCUCUGUUUUUCUUCCUGAUAAGAAUGGAAAAAUAGAUGAUGUUGUUCUUGGAUAUGACAACAUCAACGAAUACAUGAAUGAAACACGUUAUUUCGGAGCCCUACUUGGAAGGGUUGUUAACCGGAUUGGUGGUGCUCAAUUUACUUUGAAUGGAACCGUUUACAAACUCGUCCCUAAUGAAGGCAAUAACGCAAUUCAUGGUGGCCCUAAAGGAUUUAGCUUUGUUGUUUUCAAGGUGAGCGAGUACGUGCAAGAUGGUCCAUGUCCUUACAUAACUCUAACCUACCACAGCGCUGAUCGUGAAGAAGGCUUUCCUGGUGAUGUUCUUGUCUCUGUUACCUAUGCACUGAAAGAUCCUUACAAACUUAGUGUGGAAUUUAAGGCAAAAUCAGUGAACAAGGCCUCUCCUAUUAAUCUGUCUCACCACCCUUACUGGAACCUCGGUGGUCACAGCAGUGGCGACGUCUUGUCCCAAGUGGUUCAAAUAUUUGCAUCACACAUCACCCCAGUAGAUGAACAACUCAUCCCCACAGGCGAAAUCACCCCUAUCAAGAACACGCCUUAUGACUUUCUAAAACCUCGUAAGGUCAAAAGCAGGAUUGAUAAAGUCCAAAUUGGAUAUGACAGAAACUAUGUACUCGACAGCAAUGAAAAAAUGAAGCAUGUGGCGAUAGUUCACGAUGAGAAAUCAGGAAGAGUGAUGGAUAUACGAGCGACAGCGCCUUGUGUGCAUUUCUACACUGCAAAUUGGAUCAUUGAUGUAAAAGGGAAAGGUGGAUAUGUGUAUCAGCCUCAUUCAGCAUUAUCUUUGGAGACUCAAGGGUACCCUGAUGCUGUGAAUCACCCAAAUUUCGCAUCAACAAUUGUGAAUCCGGGAAAGACUUACGCCCACUCUGCGUUGUAUACUUUCUCCAUCAAGAAAUACUAG